AACCCUCCCACCACCCUUACGCAUACCAACGCCUUGCGAUUCAACUACGGCACCUCUCCCUCUUUCUCCCCCUCUCCCUCAUUCUCCUACUCCUCCAACAACAUCUUCUCAUCCUCCUCCUCCUCUUCCUCCUCCAUCUCCAACUCCUCUCCCCCACCGUCACCAGACCUCAAGAAAACACCAACAUCGACAUCGCCAACACUGUAGUGGUGGUGGAGAGUACUCAGUCAUGGCAGCUUUCUUGCUGCUGUUUCUCACAUCGGUCAUCCCUGCAGCUCUCGCCUCGGCUGUUCCAAAAGUGCUUAGUCGUGGCGGUCUGGAAGCCCCAAGGUGGGUGGAGGAACCCCCCAGCAAGCUGUGGUUCGUAUCCUCGGCAGGGGCGUCUGCUUCCUGCAGGGCCACGGGGUCCCCGCCCCCCGACGUCACCUGGAUAGGGCGAGAUGGGGUUCCUGUUACCAACAUACCCGCAGUGAGACAGGUCCUCGGCAACGGGACUCUCAUGUUCUUGCCCUUCGCGAGCGAGGCCUUCCGGGCAUCCGUGCAUUCGGCCAUCUACCGCUGUAGGGCGUCGUCUCCUGCAGGAACCGUGCUUUCCAGGGACACCCACGUGAGGGCUGUAGUGGAGCAGUACUGGGAGGUACAGGUGUACAACCAGUACGUCCUGGAGGGGAACACCGCCGUCCUGAAGUGCAAAGUUCCCCCCUUCGUGAAGGACUUCGUCACCAUCACGUCCUGGACCGAAGGACACUCCAAUUACUACCCGGCACAGAAUUCAGAAGGACGCAUCCAGAUGGUCUCGACGGGUCAGCUGGUCGUGAAGAAUGUCAGGUCAUCGGAUUCCCAGCUGGCUUUCCGCUGCCGGGCGGUUCAUACAUUGACGGGAGCCACUCACGAGUCGGCCAAUACCGCCAGGAUAUACGUCAAUGAUCCUAGAAGCGAGUCAGCUCCCAGGAUACCCGAGAUGGAAUCCUUGGUUCAGGUCCAGAGAGGUACACCAGCCACACUCCUUUGCCCUGCGCAGGCGCAUCCCACGCCCACGAUCACCUGGUACAAACAGGAAAACGGAGUGGACAUCCCACUGUCGCUCGUGGGCGGCGCGGGCGUAGCGGGAGGAAGGCGCGUGGCAAGGGUGAGGGCGUCGGGACCCAUCCUGUAUUUCCUGACCACGGAAGACACCGACGCCGGAGAUUACCGCUGCUACGCCAACAACACCGAGGGCGUGGCUGUCCUGAGGGUGCAGCUGGAGGUCUUGUCUUCAUUAUCAGUCCGAGUGACCCCGCCCUCCCAGGUCGCAGACGCAGGUGCUUCCGCCCAUUUCACCUGCGUCAUAUCAGAUACUCUGCCUGUUCUGAAGUACAGAUUCAUCGAACAGACUUUACAGCCGGGUCCUUCUGUCAGCCUCAAGUGCAUAGCUUCUGGAAGUCCAACGCCCUCUGUCACCUGGACCCUGGACGGAUUCCCAGUGUGGCACUCUGACAGGCUGGUUCUGGGGCAAUACGUGAGCGUCGACGGUGACGUCAUCUCUCACGUCAACGUAUCCAGCGUAGCUCCAAUUGACGGUGGACUGUACCGUUGUACCGCUACGAACGCCGUGGGUAGCAUAAGCCACGCGGCUCGUCUGAACGUGUAUGGUGUUCCCGUGGUCCGGGCGAUGGGGGAAGUGACAGCUGUCGCUGGCGAAAGGUUGGUCCUGACUUGCCCAGUCGGUGGGUACCCCAUCCAUACCCGGACUUGGUAUAAAGAGGGCAAGCAGCUGCCAACAAGCCGACGGGAGAUCGUUCACCAAAACGGCUCCUUAGUCAUCGACAACGUACAGAGGGUGACUGAUGCUGGAAGCUACUCUUGCACUGCUUCGACCAAGCACGGGGAAAAAAGCACCCAGCCAGUUCAAGUGAAGGUCCUUGAACCUCCGAGGAUAGGCCCCUUUUCUUUCCGGGAGGGCGCCGCCGCUGGAAUACGCGUGCAGGUCGCCUGCAGCAUUGAAAGGGGGGACCUGCCGAUCACGAUCGGCUGGCUCAAAGACGGGGAGCCGUUGCGAAGCUCUGGGGACCUCCAGAACCCAUCGUCGGCUUCCUCUUCUUCUUCUUCCAUUCGCGGUCAAAUGGCCGACCUAGUCGGUCUAGGUCUGGAGAUCCUGCAAUACGACGCUUUCACGAGCUUGCUCAAGAUCCCCCACCUGACAGCCGGCCACGCAGGCAACUAUACCUGCAGGGCGACCAACGCAGCUCGCUCCGUCACCUACACGGCGCCCUUGACUGUCAGCGUGCCACCUCGAUGGGUAUCGGAGCCAACGGACGUGAGUGUCAUGCGUGACAGCGACGUGGUCAUUCAGUGCCAAACGGAAGGGUUCCCUCAGCCAAAGGUCAUCUGGAGGAAAGCUCUUGGCGACUCUCCUGGAAGCUACCGGGACUUGCUUGGUUCCAGCCGAGUCCAGCAACUCGUCAACGGAUCCCUGAUGCUCUCUCAGGUCACAAAAGACGACCAAGGGAGAUACCUCUGCGAGGCCACGAACGGCAUUGGGGCAGGACUCAGCAAGGUCAUCCAGGUCACUGUGAAUGCACCUCCGAGGUUCUCCAGCCAGCAGAGGAACGUGAGCGUUGGCAGCGGAGGUCACGCCGUCCUCAGGUGUGCCGUCACAGGUGACCCACCGAUGCAGCUCUCUUGGCACAAGGAUGGGAGGAUCCUCUCUCCUUCCGACUCCUACAGGCACGAACUUCGAGAGAGCACCGUGGGCGGAGUGGGCGGCCUGGGGCGUAUGGUAGACAAGGAGGAGGUCCUCGAGUUAGUGGUCAGGGGGGUGACGAGAGAUGAUGGUGGCGAAUACACCUGCACGGCCAAAAACAUACACGGACACGUGUCUACAACUGCCAUGCUACUUGUACAAGAGCCUCCAGACUUACCACGUUCCCUUCACGUUCUGGACAAGGGUUCGAGGCAUGUGAAGCUCGCCUGGGAAGCCCCACAAGAUGGCAACUCCCCAAUUACGAAGUACACGCUCAGAUACAGUCGCCUUGGAGAUUGGCAGCAGCAGCAGCAACUGCAGAAACUCCAGCAGCAGGAAGACGCCCCCGAAGAAGAGGUGUCUGUAGGAGGGCAGGAAACGGAAGCCAGGGUCGAGUCCCUCCUACCGGCCACCCAGUACCUCUUCACUCUCUACGCCCACAAUGCCAUGGGCUCCUCUAAGCCUUCUGAGGCUCUGCAGGUGACAACAGAGGCGGAGGCCCCUGGAGGACCUCCGAGGGACGUCGAAGUGACCCCAAUAAGCUCCAGUAGCCUCAAGGUCACCUGGACUUCUCCGGACCCGGGUCUUCAGUAUGGCCGAGUCAUGGCUUAUUAUAUUGGCUACGGAAAAAUGGGAUCACCCAGUGACCAGUACAAGAUCGUCACGGUGGAGGUCGAGCCCUGGGACCACUCCUCCUCGUCAGUAUCUUCCUCCGUCUCUUCCCCUUCUGCUACUUCGUCCUCGACAGCCUCCAGUUCCUGCUGCUCCGCCAUCGUGUCUGAUCUGAUCCCUUACACGCAGUACGUCGUGGAGGUUCAGGCCGUGAAUUCUCAAGGACCUGGCCCUGCGAGUUCCCCUGUGGCUGCAACCACGCAGGAGGAUGUGCCAGCAUCGGCCCCUGUGGCACUCCGGUGUUCUCCCAUGACUGCCCACAGCGUCCUUGUGACCUGGGAUGCUUUGACGCCAGCCCACGCCCGUGGAAACUUACUCGGGUACAGAGUCCUGUAUGCGCCCUCAGACAGAGUGGCGACCGAACUGAGUGGGGAAACCACCACAUCUGUGAGUGUCCCAUUAAGGGGCCUUCGACCUUACACGAAUUAUUCACUCCAAGUCGUGGCUUUCACUCGAGUGGGUGAUGGUCCUCCGAGUGAUCCUGUCUUCUGCACGACGGAGGAAGACGUUCCCGGUCCUCCUGCGGGAGUGAAGGCUGCCGUAGCAAGGGCUGGAAUCAUCGUCGUGUCCUGGCUCCCACCUCUUCAUAACAAUGGGCGCCUUCUGACCUACACCAUCACCCUCAGGGGGAGCGAAGUCAAGAGAUUCGUCGUACCUGCCCCGACCAUGAAGAGAGAAGUGAAUAUUUCUCCCGGGUCCGAAACCAUCAAGAUUAUGGUAGCUGCGAGCACGCGCGUAGGAGAAGGACCCUCCUCAAAUCCCGUGUCUAUAACACCGUCUAAUGUCGUUCCAGCCAAGAUUAUAUCCUGGGGAGGCGCAACAGCUGUUCACUGGGAGGAAGAUGUCAGUUUGCGUUGUGAGGCGGUUGGCGAUCCACCUCCAUCUCGUUCCUGGUCACGUGACUCCCACAUCUUGAAAGACUCUGCUAACAAGAGAGUGUCCAGUUACCCAGAUGGAACACUGGUCCUUCGUGACGUCCAAAGAAGGGAUUCGGCGAAUUACACCUGCCGAGUUAGCAAUGUCCACGGAGAUGAUCAUAUCACGUAUUCGUUAGUUGUACAAGUUCCUCCAGCUCCGCCGUACAUCCACGUCACUAGGACAGGAUCGACCUCCCUCACAGUCGCAUGGAGGACUGGGGACAACGGAGGGGCUCCUCUGCGGGGCCUGACGGUAUCCUACAAGAGGGACUACGGUGAGUGGCAGGAGGAGACAGUUCCUCCGACGCAGACGUCCCACGAACUGAGGGGCCUCGCGUGUGGCAACCACUACGACAUCUACGUCACGCCGUACAACAAGGUAGGAGAUGGCCGCCCGUCAGACAUCUUACGCACCAAGACAGCGGGCUCCCCGCCCAUAGCAGGAGGGCGUGAGGGCGUGGUGAAGGCCAAUACCUCUUGGGCUGCUAUUAGCUUGGCCCAGUGGACUGACGGAGGCUGUCCAGUAUCUCACUACAGCGUUGCCUACAAGAGGACUUCCAGUAAUACUUGGGUUACUGUUUCAGAGACUCUGGAAGGGGGGCGUCCCAUAGAAGUGGGAGGUCUCACCCCCAACACCCACUACCUCGUCAGGGUGACAGCUCACAACUCUGCAGGAACAACAGCGCAAGACUAUCCCUUUGCAACGGCCCCAUUGAGUGGAGGUCCCACCUCACCUGGGCUAGUGAUGAAGGGUGUCUACCUGACCGACGUGAGGGUCCUGUUACCUGUCGUUGCCUCUUCUCUCGCUCUCCUUGCUACUGUUGUCACUGUGUGUGUCUGCAUAAGGAAGAAGCCUCCGCCAGCAUCGCCUGCAAGCGGUGGCGAGAGCAGCGUGGCUGCUGUUCAGGAGAACAAGGAGAACCUGAAGCAAAGAGAACAAUACUACGCCACUGUGAGGAAGACAUCCCCCCACAGAGACCCUUCUAAUCCUGACAGGAUACCUGAAUUCGCAGACGACAUCUACCCCUACGCCACCUUCCAGAUGAACAGCACCCAUCCACAGCAACAGCAACAGCAGCAACAAAGACCCCGUCUGCAGCAACCCACGCCACAGCAACACCACAACCCCUCCCACGGUCACUACCAGCCCUGUCCUUACAAGGACGUCAUGGCACAAAGAGAGCGGAUCACAUCUACUGGCGACACGUACUGCCGAGUAGGGGUAGGAGGAGGUGGUGGAGGAGGAGGAGGAGGAGGAGGUGGAGGAGGAGGAGGGGGAGUAGGAGGGGGUCCAGGGGGCGUGGCCAUGAGAGGAAGACAUCCCACACCGGCUCCACGAUCCGUGAAAUCCGAGAGCGAGGAGUACGACACCUUCGGAUCCGAUUCGGAUACCGAUCCCCCCGCCUCUAGCCGGACCGAGUCGUCCAACCAGUUGGACCACGACAGGUCAGGGCAGAUCAGAGCUGUGCAUCAUAAUCUUAUAUAUCACGCGGCAGAAUCUAGUACGUCUACGGAAGCCUCCCCUACGUUACCCAGGAGAUCUUUCCAUAGAAAACGAGAGAGGAUGGGGAUGUCCCGGGGUUUGGGAGGAGGAGGGGGAGGAGGAAGCGGCGCCCACACCCUCCUGAGUCCGCCUCGUACGCCCUCCUCCAUUCUGGGCAUGUCUCCUAUACCACUGACACCGCCUACGCCACCCACGCCGCCCACUCCUUUCACGGACGCCCACGAACUGAGCGAAACUGAGUGUGACCGCGACGUGAGGAGGAGUUACCUGCUAGUAGAAAGAGGCAGUACGAUCAAUGUUUAAUAUUCAGCUGGAAAUAAUUAAUAAUAACAAUGAUAGUCUAAUAAACACUUGAAACGUUGAAACAAUUGUUGAGGUUUCUUAAGAAACUUCUGAAUAUACCUCGGAACUACUUGACUCAAAGGAGAACGGGACUUGUCACUCUUGAGGUGUGAGCUAGUGAUUUUGAUAACAUCGUCAAGUGGCGCGCCUCAAGGGGAGAGUUUUAGUCCCAUUGACCACGGAAGUGAUGAGAAUUUUGAACGUUUUUGCAAGACAUAUAGACAUAAUUCAUUCUCAAAGAGAAAAUAAGGCUUUCUCUAAAUGGUGGAACUCCUUAAAGUGAAGUUAUAUCUCGGAAAAUUACUGAAGUCACUCUCCAUUGAGUAGGCCAAGUGAAGCUCUCCUAGAUAUGAGACCUCGAGAAGUUCUCUUAACAGUGUUAUUAUUAGGCUGUGGUGGUGCUAAUGAGACUAUAAUUAAACUAUUAAUGUCCUUCUGUGUGGUACUUGUGCUGUACAAACAGUUCACCUGUAGUUGGGACUAAUUUUUUAUUUUUUUUUUUUUUUUUUUUUUGGUCGUGGAUUUUCGAAAUCUAUAGGCCUACUUUAUGGCAGUUGCGUCAGUAGUGUCUUGCUUUCGCAGGUUUAAUCAUCCUCACGCUUAUUGUAUCUCAAAGGGAAAACAAUGACUGUUUUAUAGUUUUGAUAAUGUUUCGACUGAUGUUUGCAUCAAAUCACUGCUAAUUCUCACAUCCAUUGUUAAUGACAGCUCGCUGGUUACAGUGUUAGAAAAUGGGAAAGUUUGGAUGACCUCUAUGCGUGCACCGUAUACUAUAUGUAUAUUUUAUUUAUUUAAAUUACAUCUUUAGAGACGACACGAGUGUUGUUCCAGUUUAACAAUUGUGCAAAGUCCACAAGAAACGAGACUGCUUUGAAUAUUGAAAGCUGCAAUUUAGAAGUAGCUAUUGUUCCAUAUCUAUACUGAGCCGCUAUACUACACAUCCACAAACCACUAGGCCAACAUAUGAUUCAAAGCGUCUGUAAGAUCAUAUGUUAAUUCGUUGACGACUUUGUGUGUGUAUUUUGCGUGGAGGAAUAAAAAAGAAGAAGAAGAAUUGUUGUUCAGGGUCAGUGUCAAUCAAAAUAUUAAAAGUAAGGACUUCUCAGUGUUUCCUUAUAGAUAAAGAUUUAAAGUUAUUUAUUGGGAGUUUAAAGUCAAACUCUCUCAUUGAAUCUCGCUGUGAAAAGUGAUGUACGUGCGUGACUUCAAGAUGGAUUUUAUAUCGAGUUGUUUCUAUAUUAUAAAAAAAAGAUAAUGUGAUGUUUUUCAAUAUUUAUGACUGUUGAAUGUUCCAAAUUUGAUAAUUUAUGUGACGGUGGGCAGGAGAUGACAUUCGUGUUGAAUACUGUUAGAAGUAAUUAUUAUUUUUUAUUCAAUACAACAACAACAAAAAAUGUGAAUGUAAAAAGAUAGUUACAAUAUAAUUAAGUGUGUCCCCUGAACGAUAUAGUUAAUUUAUAAAGCCACAUUAACCUGAUAUUAUGGUGUACAGUGACAUUUCAGACUGAAUUGAAAUGAGUAUUUAAUUCUGCAUACGGAGUGAUCUGAUUUUUAUUCGACAGUGACGGAUAUAAUAACCAUUUAUUUGGCAUAAGUGGACUGACAUGCUUCGUUUCUAAAUACCAGUUAUAUUCACUUCUCAGGAGGGUGCAUUGAAUUCUGUGCCAAUUGAGGCUUUAAAAUGUUAGUUUUCUGAAAUUACGUAUAUAUACAUAUAUAUUAUAUAAUAUGUAUAUAUACA